GUUAAAUGCAGCGAGUACUCGCCAUAGUGAUGUGACGUCCAUUGACUCAACACUAAAUGAUAUAAGUCUCGCUAGGCUUCAGGGUUCAUCUCACGGCCUCUAGCUGUUUUCGUCAUCCAACGCCGUCUGUAAUAUGACAUAUUACUGCAGCAUGAACAGGCCUCCCCGUCCGAACAAGAAAGUUGCUUCACACCUAAUGAGUUAAGGUUCCCCGCAACGAGCCUUCCAGUCCUGAUCAUUCCUGCGUCGUACUGUCCCAUUUCGUGUGACCGAUGACGUAUGUCUUUCAUCGAAACAUAAGCGUGAGUGAUACAAAUAGCCUCCACCUCAGCGCGAAUCCAUUUCUUGUUCAUCUUCCACUCCAACCUCAGACAAUCUUCACACUUUACCAACUUGAACUCCAACCAAACUAACCCUCAAUCUCGAUCAUCAUGACUGACGCCGGCCGCAAGGAUUUCUCCACCAAGGCGAAGGAGUCUAUCAUCCCAGACUCCACCAAAUCCACCCAUACCAAGGCCAAGGAAGAUAUCACUGAUGCCGGUGACAAGGUCGUACGUGGUAUUCAGCCCGACGGCAGCAAGUCGCACACUCAAGAGGCCAGCGACAAGAUUGGCCGCAGCAAGGACCGAAAUGAGCACGGUACCUCUGGAGGUGGCAUCGGUGAGAAGAUCAAGGACGCUCUUCACAUCAACAAGAAGUAGAGUGGUCCGGACGACUGAUGGAUAGCAUCGAAGUCGUCUCAAGCGGGAGAUCUCGUUGAAAGCGUAACUACACCUGAUGACGGCCUGAGACUUUACUUUGUACUGUUAGCACGAUGAUACCACUGAAGUAAUUUUACCUUUUCUCUCAAUACAUUUACUACUAUGCUUUAACUAUAAAUGCAAACGGUCCUUG